AUGUCCGUGAGACAUGAACACGCCUCGGUCUCUCGGCUGUAUCACAUGCCACACACAAAAAAGAGCCGCCUGUGCUGUCAGCCCUUCACAAGCCGCUCAUACAGCCACUCAACAGGGACAAUAGAGGGCCGGUAUUCCCGAGAACAUCCCGUAAAAGACCCUGAGAAGAAGCCCGUUCCUCCCUGCGGUACACGGGAUGGGUCAGGACACUAUCUCAUCACAUUCGACCAGCGGGUAACUGACGGCAGAGGAGCACAUACACACACACACGCACACACGCCACUUGUACGAUACACUCUACCCCCGCGCGCUGCCGACGCGCGACCAGUGCCGCCCGGCCGUUCAUUGGUCCAGGGCUAG